AAAAAAACCCCUUUCACUUGCACUCCUGCACACUCACGAGAAGAGCGAGAGCGCCUCCUCCUCUGCCUCCCUCACUUCCACAAGCAGACGCUGCUGUGCGCCUCAUCACCACGCGCUCCGUCACAGCGUUUGGACUCGUCGCGCCGAUCCACCGCCACGUCUUCGUCUUUCCUCCCUGCCAUUCGCCUCUGAGAUGUUGGGAUUAUCGUUGGGAGAGAAGCAAUUCAUAAAGGGUGGGAUUGCUCAGGACCUUCGUUCUGAUGGUCGGAAAAGAUUAACUUACCGCCCCAUCUCUGUCGAAACUGGAAUCAUUCCGCAGGCAAGUGGUUCCGCGAGGGUCAGGAUGGGUGCCACAGAGGUUAUUGCCAGUGUCAAGGCUGAGCUUGGAAGACCAAGUCCACUGCAACCAGAUAAAGGAAAGGUUGCUAUAUAUGUAGAUUGCAGUCCAACAGCAGAACCAACGUUUGAGGGUAGAGGGGGUGAGGAGUUGUCAACAGAACUGUCAGUCGCUUUGCAGCGUUGUCUCUUGGGUGGUAAAAGUGGUGCAGGUGCUGCAAUUGAUCUCUCAUCUCUAGUAGUGAUAGAAGGAAAAAUCUGUUGGGAUCUCUACAUUGAUGGCCUUGUUGUCAGUUCAGAUGGGAAUCUUCUAGAUGCCCUUGGUGCAGCUAUUAAGGCUGCUUUGAGCAAUACAGGCAUUCCAAGAGCUAAUGUUGCAUCAGGUGCCUCAGGCGAUGGGCAACCCGAGGUUGACAUAAGUGAUGAAGAAUUUCUGCAGUUUGACACAUCUGGGGUCCCUGUCAUUGUCACGUUAACAAAGGUGGGCAAGCACUACAUUGUGGACGCUACUGCAGAAGAGGAAUCUCAAAUGAGCUCGGCUGUUUCUAUUUCUGUCAAUAGGCAGGGGCACAUAUGCGGUUUGACCAAACGAGGUGGCGCAGGCUUAGAUCCAAGCAUCAUACUUGACAUGAUAUCAGUGGCGAAACAUGUCAGCGAGCAGUUAAUAAACAAAUUGGAUUCUGAGAUAGCUGCUGCUGAAGCUGAUGAAGAAGAAUCAUGACAAGAUAGAUCCUUUGAUAUCUGUAAGUUGGUCCAUUCAAUGGUACAGCUUGUUGUUGCAGGAUGAGCGUAGUGUAGACGCUGUUGUGUGCUAAUUUUUUCAACCAUAAUUAGUUUUAGUUGUCAUGAAAGAGACAAUCUUGUAGAAGCACUAUACAAGUUUAGGUCCUUGCUUAUUGUUUGGUUAUAGAGAUCAGCCAGGUCAUCAUGAAUUUUGACUGAAAGAUUUUGGGUGCUAUAGUUGUCAUUGUUUGAAUAUAAAUCUUUUGAUCAUAUUUCAGUUCAUAUAUAUGUUUGAACAAAAAAAGAUCA